ACAGGUAAUUAAAUGUCCUGAGCGUGGAUCUUUGCUCUGUUGGCAUGCUUGGAUGCACAGCAGCUCUUCACACAGCUUCUUUUCGUCUGCCCCACUGCAAGAAGAUGGCAAAAGCGAACAUUACCAGGGACAUCAUCCACAGACAGAUCAAGGAGAGGGGUGCGCUGGGCUUUGAGCGACACUACCAUGUCACCGAUCCGUUCAUUCGACGCCUGGGCCUAGAAGCAGAAUUGCAGGGUCACUCCGGGUGUGUCAACUGUCUGGAAUGGAAUGAAAAAGGAGACUUGUUGGCCUCUGGCUCUGAUGACCAACAUACCAUUGUCUGGGAUCCUCUGCACCACAAGAAACUCCUCUCUAUGCACACAGGACACACUGCAAACAUCUUUUCUGUCAAGUUCUUGCCGCAUUCAGGGGAUCGGAUCCUCAUCACAGGAGCUGCAGAUUCCAAGGUGCAUGUCCAUGACUUGACUGUUAAGGAGACCAUCCACAUGUUUGGAGAUCACACCAACAGAGUUAAGAGGAUUGCCACGGCUCCCAUGUGGCCUAACACCUUCUGGAGUGCAGCAGAAGAUGGGCUAAUCAGGCAGUACGAUCUGCGAGAGAACAGCAAACGCUCAGAAGUCCUCAUAGACCUGACCGAGUACUGUGGGCAGCUGGUGGAGGCCAAAUGCCUGACUGUCAACCCCCAGGAUAACAACUACUUAGCAGUAGGGGCAAGCGGACCCUUUGUGCGGCUCUACGACAUACGCAUGAUCCACAACCACAGAAAAAGCAUGAAGCAGAGUCCUUCAGCUGGGGUACACACGUUCUGCGACCGACAGAAACCCCUCCCGGACGGUGCAGCACAGUACUACGUGGCAGGGCACCUUCCAGUCAAGCUUCCUGACUACAACAACAGGCUGAGAGUACUGGUGGCCACGUACGUCACCUUCAGUCCUGAUGGCACUGAGCUCUUGGUCAACAUGGGAGGGGAGCAGGUCUAUUUGUUUGAUCUAACAUACAAACAGCGACCAUACACUUUUCUCCUCCCAAAGAAGUGCCAUACUUCAGGGGAAGUGCAGAAUGGAAAAACCUCUACCAAUGGAGUGUCGAAUGGCAUCCAUCUCCACAGCAAUGGCUUCCGCUUGUCGGAAGGAAGAGCACAUGUGAGGAGCUGUAUUUGCUCCUGGUGCACAGGCUAUGAAGAGGAGUCAGAUCAA